AUGGCCGAUGCGAACUUCUCCCGAUACGCACAGCGCGCAAACGACAGCGCCUUCCUCAUCGCCAUCAGGGCUCUUCGGAGAGAAAUGGCGGCGUACGAAGAACAGCAUCCACCGGCAAUGAACGAGGAGCGAAAGAAAGCUGUAGCCGCAGAGACAACCGCCUUCCUUGGCGAGUUCGAGGCGUCUCUUAUGCAACUUCAACGUCGGGAGAUAAGCGAGGGUGGGCAUGAUUUGAAAGGUCUCAAGCGAGAAGAGUUUGGUGGAGAAGAACAGGCGACCAUAGCAAGGAGAAGUAGGGAGAAGAAGAGUAAGGAUCUUGUAAAGGGUCACAAGCGAGACGAGUUCUGCGGCGAAGACCCGGCGGCAGUGGGAAGAAGGAACAGGGAGAAGAAGAGUAUGGAUGUUGUGAAAGGUCACAAGCGGCAUGAGUGUGAUGGUGAAGAGCAAGCGACUGUGGGAAGAGGCAGCAGAGAGAAGAGCAUGGGUGCUGCUACCUGUGCAGAGGUGCGGAAGGGAGAAAAGAGCGUACGCAUUGAGAAGGAGAGCUAG